CCCGUUACGUGAGUAAUCAGUGUCAGUGUGGAGCGUUUUCACUGUGCGGGCUGAGGAGACGAUUUUUCUCACGCACUUGUUUACAAACUUGUUUCUCACGCAACAUGUAGAGAAACGACCCGAUUCUCGACUGUGGAGAUUUGAACUCCGACUCCAAGUUGCAUAUAAAAUAGGCAUACAGCUAUAGGUUUGAGAUAAUCAUACCAUCCGGGCUGGGUAAGUGCACACGUACCGGGAAGACCUGACUGCGUUGGUCAUGUUUGUGAACGUGCUCACCUUCUGGUGGCUUGACUCACUCACUAACCUACUGUUGUUAACAGGCCUUCAGUGUUUACCCGGUAACAAAGUCAGUAGAGUCAAGUGAUGAAGCAGAUAUUUUUCUCAGCUUGAGGUGCGAGGAAGAUCUUUACUCAGACGAUCACAAGACCAUCUCUAUCUCACAAGGAGUGGUAGUGUCACGCUGAUGUGCUACUUGCAGGUGAUUGUGAAAUAUACAGCGGUAAUUACCGAUGGAACGUGUGGUGCUUGUAGUUUGAUACGAAAACUUCCUACUGUCCGUCACUCCUUCCAAAGUAGUGUAUUAGUCAUACGCGCUUAUCAUCGAUGAGUUAGGGUUCAGCGGUGUGACUGAGUCUGGAGCAACAAGAGAAAGGUGCGAGAGUAUACCCGGGGUACACCUGACGGCCACCACAACUUGCUGCUUGAAGCAGUUUUCGUCUACAAUGGGUGACGAUGCGGUCAACUCUACUGCAGUCCAGUUCAACAGGGACGCCAUACUGAAAGAGCUCAACGACAAGGGUUACUGCGUCAUUCCGGACGUUUUGACGUCAGAUGAAUGUGACGUGUACAUUGGGAAGUACCGCGAUUGGCUGGCGACCUUUGGCGAAGACGAAGCUCCUUUUCAACGACAUUCUAUCAUCCAGUCUUAUCGCGUUGGUCAUCUUGAGCCCACGUGGGAGGUGCGCCUGAAAGCAAAGAGUGUCUUCCAGACCAUCUGGCAGACGGACAAGCUGUUGUCCAGUGUUGACGGCAUUGCCAUCGCCGAGCCUCCAGAAAAGAAGUCGCAGGAGUUCCACACUCCGAACACAAACUGGUUUCACUUGGACCAGAGCGCCAUGCGAGUGGGUUUCCAUGGCUACCAGGGGGCUGUGUACCUGGAGGAAGCCUCUGAGAAUGAUUACUGCUUCAGAGUUCUCGUGGGAUCUCCUAAGCUGUACGAGAGUUUCUAUGACCGAGAUGAGAUAGAGGCAGAAGCCAAGAAAAGCAAUGAACUUGGCCACUACAUGCUUAGUAACAACGAUGUGGCGUGGUACCACCAGCAUGGCUGCUACCCUCGUAAAGUACCCGUCCCUAAGGGCGGCAUGGUCGUCUGGGAUGCAAGACUUGUACAUGACAACUGCAGGCCAGAAGAGGGCCGCCCCAACAAGGACAGGUGGCGCUUCGUCGUCUUCGUGUGCAUGACGCCGGCCCGAUGGGCGAGGAAGAAGGACCUGCAACUCAAGCGCGAGGCCUACGAGAAGCUAAUGAUGACGUCACAUUGGCCCAGCCAGGGGAUUGCGUUAAAAAAAAAGCGCCUCGCGCACCUUGAGGAAGAGCACCGCAUUGAAAAACUACCCGGGGUGGCGAGGUCACACGAGGCCAAGCUACUCGCCGGUGUUGAGGAGUAUGAUUUUGAGGAUGGGAGGCCAAACGGGCCUGACUGGGAACCCCAGUGGAGUGAGCUGUGAUCCCUCAAAGCCACAAGCAGCCCCACCAAUGCUUUGUCCAAACCUCUCAAAAUUUGAUAAACCGUUAUUAAAUGGACAAAGCUCUGUUAUUCUAAAUUACUCGUGUUGUAAACGCUUUGGGUUCUCAAGCCUCACCAAGUCUUAAUAACUUUUAAAUAAUAACGAUUUCCAUAAUGGUAAAUCUAGCAAUUUUUAUACACACAUGGACGUAACUUUUUGAUGACUUUCUGCAUUAGACAACACUGCAAACAUUUAGCGGGGUCACCCUGUUCUGUUUCUGAUAAUAGUGCACACAGAUUAUUGUUUUCAAAAGCAUCAGGUUGCAAUAAUGGUGAACAUCCUAUCUCUGUUUCUUUACUCGGGCGAUAUGCGUAGUGGGGUGAAAAGUUCAAUGUACUCCAGAAAUGGGUCAACUAUACUCGGAAGCUAUG